AUGGCCAGCACCGAGAGUCUGGAUGGCAGUGCCUUCGAGGGGGACAUCUCGGCGGUGCCACAGGUGGGUCACCUAACUACCGAGCCACAGGAGCUGGAGUGCCCAGCAUGCCAGGAGAUACAGAUUACACGCGUGGCGCCGGAGGCAGUGACCGUCCUACAGAAGAUCGUGUGCUCAUUAAACGUACUCCUCUGCUGCAAUCCCAUUCGAUGGAAGGGUCGUCAUGAUGUCAAUCACUACUGUAGUUCCUGCGGCUGCUUCAUAGGACGUGACAUCACUCUGAGUUGGUACAAGAGGACACUCUUCCGCCUGCAAAGGGGCGAGGUGGAGGAUAAUGGCCGCUGGCAGAGUUUUCACAAGGUGGAAAAGGAGGAGCUCGACGAGAAAAAGCUGGGCAAACAGCGCAAAGCUAUAGAAUCGAAACGUUCUAAUGAGAAUUAUUAAAUAAAUUAUUUAAGAAAUA